CUAGGAACACCAGGUUGACCUUGUAUCUGCUUGCUAACCAAUUUUUCUUGCUGUAAAUGGCUUCUAUGAGCUCCUUCCUACCUCGAUCUGAGGGCUUGCUGCCACUCUAUGUGCUCUUCGUUGGCGUCACUGCCCUCGGCAAUGCUAUACAAUGCUACAACACCAUGUCCUAUACGCAGCGCCUUUACUCCGGCCAUAGCGAGGCAGGCAAGACCAAGAAACCGGCUCACGAAACUUCGCCCGCUACCCCCCUGUCUUCGAGGACGUUCGGUACCUGGACCUUUGCUGUUGGGUUGGUGAGGAUAUUUGCAGCAUACCAUAUGAACGAGGCGUCAUGGUAUCAGAUGCAGAUGCUGACCAACAUGGUCGGUCUGGCUCACUUCAGCAUGGAGGCAUUUGUCUACAAAACAAGUCGUCCCUGGGGUCCUUGGCUGGCUCCAGUUUGUGUGUCCGUGUUUGGGCUCGUCUGGUCGUUUGCACAGUAUGACUUUUAUGUCAGGUGAAUAGUGCGUGAUGACAGAUCGAGUACAACAUGGCAAGUGCCUCAUGGUUGCGACUUUUCCUCGGCGGGUGGAUUUUGCACUUUCUCUCCUCGAGCCUGGAGCGUUUUCCUGUACACCUCUCCACCACAUGCUUGCAAUCUGACAGUGGCUUGUUCUGGCGUGAUGUCUCUCUGCGGCUC